CGAUGCUCAACGUCGGCUUCCCGUCGGAGGGAGACAGGUGAACUGAGGCGACCGGUUGGUCCAAGUUUCGCAAAGCUUGUUCGCAAAUUUAGAGCUCGUGUGAAUGCAUGGAAGUCGACCGAUCUCGUUGACUCUGCUGUUUGUGGAAGGGUAGAUGAGGAAUUGUUGCCCCUUGUCGGGGCUGUGUGAAGACCGACUUCUCGUCUCUGAACGAUGGUUUCCGGUGAAUUGUUGACAGGGGAAUCGGUAUUCUGAAAGUCAGCAUUGGUGAAGAAAUUGGAAGGCCAGAGAUAUGGGACUUGUUCUGAGCUUGCUAGAGCUGGGAGUGGCAUUCGUCUUUUUCCUAUUGGUUGCGGCGUUAUAUUACAUAAGGAAUCGCAAGAGGAAUGCUCAACCUGUCGUAGGGUUCUUCCAUCCUUUCACGGAGGACGGAGGUGGCGGAGAGAGAGUGUUGUGGUGUGCUGUGAAAGCAGUGCAAGAACUAUUUCCACUAUACAGCGUGGUGAUCUAUACGGGUGAUCAAGCCACCCCCGACUCCCUAGCAGCCCGGGCUUCGGAAAAAUUCGGCAUCCAGCUCAAAGAACCUGUGGUGGUCGCUCGACUGUAUCAAAGGAAAUGGGUCGAAGCAGCGACAUAUCCUCGCUUCACUCUGAUCGGACAGAGCUUGGGAUCAGUGGUCCUGGCGUGGGAAGCGCUGACCGCAUUGACUCCUUGGUUGUUUGUAGACACCACUGGUUAUGCAUUCACAUAUCCACUGGCCCGUUUGUUUGGAUGUGUAGUAGUAUGUUAUACUCACUAUCCAACAAUCAGUUCUGAUAUGCUCACAAGGGUUAAAACGCGCACUUCAACUUACAACAAUAAUUCGAGGAUUGCAAGAAGCUUCUGGCUGUCCACGGCGAAGGUCUUCUAUUAUAGAGUGGUAGCCCGUCUGUAUGGUUGGGCUGGAAGCUGCACACAUUUGGCAAUGGUGAACUCGUCUUGGACUCGUGGCCACAUUGAGGAGCUGUGGAAAAUUCCCUCCAGAACCUUCCGCGUUUACCCUCCUUGCGAUACUUCCACUCUUCAGGCGCUUCCCCUCGAAAGGCGAGUGGAAAGUGGAUACAUCAUUUCUGUAGCUCAGUUUCGACCAGAGAAGGCUCAUGGUCUUCAACUCGAGGCUUUCCGAUUAGCACUGGAAUCUUUGCCAUCAAGUUCAGAUUUUCAAGAGGUUCGGUUGAAGAUUGUCGGCAGUUGCAGAAACUCAGAAGAUGAAGAGCGACUUCAAAUGUUGAAAGACACAUGCAAACGACUGAAAAUUGAUAAUCGCGUGGACUUUUGUGCGAAUGUAUCCUACAGAGAACUGGUGAAACUUUUAGGAGGGGCAGUGGCGGGUAUACAUACUAUGAUUGACGAGCAUUUUGGAAUCAGUGUUGUCGAGUACAUGGCAGCGGGUGCAAUUCCAAUAGCACACAGAUCAGCAGGACCCAUGAUGGAUAUAGUGGUGGAAGAAGAAGGACAACAGACGGGUUUUUUGGCAGAAACUGUGGAAGAGUACGCUGCUGCCAUAUACGAGGUUUUCACAUUACCACAGGAGAAAAGACUACAAAUGGCCAAAGCUGCUCGCAAGCGAGCGCUGAGGUUCUCAGCCGCAAAUUUCGAUGAAAGAUUCAAGGAAACAAUGAAAUUGCUACUAUAAUAUUAUUACAAGACAUCUAGAUGCUCUACUCAAAAGAAUUUCGAUACUGCUGCUUGAAGUUGCUAUCUCCUCAAGUGCGCAGAUAACCUUUACAUACAUCUUAAAAGCAAAGUCGUAUUGUAGAUUACAGACCUAGUCCAGUAUGAAGAUGGAAUUCGAUAGGAGAUGUCCGAA